UUAGCAUGUGUGCCAAUUUGCUAAGACCUGAAAUGUCUCUGGACCGGAUUGUUUCUUUAGUGGACCGAAUUGUCUCUUGUCUUUGGAUCGUGACUGAUUUACGUUUCAUUUGAGGAGAAGAGACCAAAAUGAAUAUUCUUCAUCACAAAAGUUGGCAUGUUCGUAAUAAGAACAACAUCGAAAGAGUCAGACGAGACGAAGAGAAGGCAGCACUUGAAGAGAAAGAGAGACAGCGCAAAAUUGCCCUUGCUGAGCAAGAAGCUAGGACUGAUUUUCUACGCGUGAAGUCAAGAAAACGCAUAGAGGAUGCAGGAAAUAGCUCCAAUCAAGUGGACAGUGGCAAAUCAGAAGAGAGAAGUCAAGAAUCAGCAGUGUCCACAUUUGGGACAGGUGCCCUCUCAGAAGACAUCUAUUCUGGCAAACACAUCAACUUCUUCAAAGAAACAGAUGGGAUGGUUGUGUCAGACCGGAAGAACGCAGAGCAUGAAGCAGACAAGAAAAAGGAACAAGAAGAAUGGGAGAAAAAAGUGGGCAUUUUGACCUAUUUGGGUCAAAGUUCAAAUGAAACAUCAGCAUCUUGGUAUAAUCAACGGAAACGGAAGCAUGAAGACGAAGAAGAGGAUGGCAGUUAUGAAAAACGGAAAAGUAGAGAAAAGAAUCGCAAGUUACAGGAUCACUUGGAUCCCAUCAGACAAAUGGACUGCUAUCUUGAAAAGAAGAAACACAAAGAUAAAGAUGAAAAGCAUAAGAAACACAAAAAGAAGAAACACAGACAGGAUAGAGAAAAAUCAUCAAGCAAACAUAAAACUUCUUCUUCUUCAUCAAAACAAAAGCCUAAAGCCUCAAUAGAACAGCUUAGGGCAGAGAGAUUGAAACGGGAGAUGGAAGAGAGACAAAGGACUGCACAGUUAUUGGCAAAGCACCGAGGGGAAAAAACAGAGCCAAAAUCACAAGAGGUCUCAAAGAGGGAGCAGACAUAUAACUCACAGUUCAAUCCAGAGUUAGCAAGGAAGCCCAGGAGGAAGCCACACAUGACUUACGAUUGGUACACUUGUUUAGCCAACUUGUGCAAACCAGAAGAGCAGUAUUGUAAUUUAAUCUCCAAAAUGUUCAACCGGCUUGUUAAAUUUCGGAGAGGUGGUGAUAAAUAUGAAGAUCUUGAUGAGUCAAACAUUGACCUGGAUAUCACUGAUCCAGCCAUGAAAAAUAUUGUAAACUCUGGAAAUUCCAUGGAAAUGUUCGACAACCCAGAGGAAGUUCAACCUAAAGAAACUGUAGAGUCUCCAGAUACAGAGGAGAGCUACACAUUACAACAAGCUAUUGAUGCAAUAGGGUUUGGAAAAUUUCAAGUCAAACUGUCAAUUCUGACAGGAUUUGCUUGGAUGGCAGAUGCUAUGGAGAUGAUGAUACUGGCUAUCUUGUCACCAGCUCUCCACUGUGAAUGGCAGUUAGAGGGAUGGCAGCAAGCCAGCAUAACAACAGUUGUUUUUGCUGGAAUGAUGUGCAGUUCUAGUUUAUGGGGAAGUAUCAGUGAUAAAUACGGCAGAAAAACGGAAUUAAUAUUGUGUUCAGUCAUCACCUGUUACUUUGGAAUUCUCAGUGCAUUUGCUCCAAACUUUGUGUGGAUCUUGAUUCUGAGAGGACUGGUGGGAUUUGGUAUAGGAGGUGCCCCGCAGUCGGUAACCUUGUAUUCAGAAUUUUUACCAACAGCCUCAAGAGCCACAUGUGUUGUGCUGGUUGAGAUCUUCUGGGCCAUCGGUGCUUGCUUUGAGGUGUUGCUGGCUCUGGUCGUCAUGCCCUGGCUGGGCUGGCAGUGGCUUCUUGGGUUAUCUGCCCUUCCACUUCUUCUGUUCUCAAUAUGUUGUUAUUGGCUACCUGAAAGUGCAAGGUAUGACAUAACCAGGGGAAAUGUAGAGAAAGCCAUUGCAACACUCAAAAGGAUUUCAUUUGAAAAUGGAAAACCCCUGCCCCCUGGGAGACUUGUGGAACCGACCAGUAAGGCAACAAGUAGAGGGAGCAUGAAAGACCUUUUCAUGCCAGAAUUUCAGAAGACAACCUUUUUUCUAUGGAUAAUAUGGCUCGUUGCUGCUUUUUCAUAUUACGGAAUUGUUUUAAUGACCACAGAACUCUUUGAAAUUUCUGAUGGAUGCCAUGGUUCCUCUGUGAAGGUUGAACAACCCUGCUUUGUUCAGUGUAAAGGUCUUACUACAUCAGACUAUGUGGAUCUUACCUGGACAACAUUUGCAGAAUUUCCAGGACUGUUUGUGACUGUUUUCCUUAUUGAAAGAAUAGGAAGAAAGUUUACGAUGGGAUUUGAAUUCUUUGUUUUCAGUGUGUUUGUUUUGUUGGCAAAUAUUUGCACAUCAAGACCUGUAUUGACAUUUUUCCUAUUUGUUGCCCGAGCUUUUAUAUCAGGAGCAUUCCAGGCAGCCUAUGUUUACACACCUGAGGUGUAUCCAACGUCUAUGAGAGCUAUUGGACUGGGCUCUUGUAGUAUGAUGGCAAGGAUAGGUGCAAUUGUAACUCCUUUUGUAGCUCAGGUUUUAUUAAAAGAAUCUUCCUAUUUGGCAAUUUCCACUUACGGAGUUAUCUCCAUUGUUGCCACAGGAGCUGCCAUUUUACUUCCUAUAGAAACCAAAGGAAAGGAAAUGAAAGAUACCACUUCAGAAAUUACAGUUCAGCACUAACUCAGUGCCCUCGUGAAUGAGAGGACCAACAACCAAUAGAAUCUCAGCGUGUUCCAUAUACAUAUACCUGUAACCUGUCUGUUGUCGUAUGCGUAUGUGAUAGAUAAAUCGACCUUGUGUUUAUCCUGUGAUACCAGUACAGUAGGAAGCAGUUAGACUAUUAUUAUUGUUGAAUGUUCUUAUAGUUUGUUUUUAUUUUGUUUUUUAAUGGGUUUUUUUCUCAGAUUGUAUACUCACAAGAGAAUUGCUAAAUGGCAUAAUCUGUCAACAUUUUCAUAUCCCAGGAGAGGGAUAUUAUUUAUUUGCUUCUGUUUUAGUGACUGAAAAAUUGAUGUUGAAAUAGCCUCAUAUCCUUUUUUGCUUAAGAAUCAAUUUUGAUAGUGUGAUGGAAAAAGUUAAUCCAGUAGGACAAAUGUCUGAAUACUAAUUGCCUAAUGUUUUUAUUACAACCAUAAAUCCUUAAUUAAUGAUGUUUAUGAUUAUUAUGAGCAUCAAGAUUGUUAAUUUUGCCAAAUUAAUAUUUUCCAUGUGAUGUUAAUUUUGCCAAAUUAAUAUUUUCCAUCUGAAGUUCAGUUUUGAUGAGUAUGUAAAUUGAAUAUGGUGGUACAAACAUAUUGGCAGAUACACUAAGCAGCUAUUUGAUUUUUUUUUGCUGUGAUGAAAUGCUAUAAAACAUAUGCUACUUAACCAAACCAUUAACUGCACACUGCUAUUAAUUAUGCAUAUUUAUUUUUGUAUUAUAGUAUAUGUAUUUUACAGGGGGUAUUGAACAUUCCAUUGUAUUUAUAUAAGCUAAUGAAAAGAAGUUUACAAUUUACAUGUUAUUUUUACACUGUGGUACACAACAUUCCAUGGAGAAAGUACAGAAAUGCUCUGUUUUAUAUGUAAUUCCCCAGGUAUGAAAUAUUAAGUGAAAUACCGGUACUAGGCAUUCUUCUAAUGAUUUAUAUUUAUUUAAUAAAUGUUUAAUUGCUGUUCCUUGGAAAAUGUCAUUUUUAGUUUAAAAAUACAACCUUAUGAGCAUUAACUAAAGCAUUUGAAAAUUCAGUGGCAGUAGCUGACAUAGUAGCAACAUAUUAUUACCAGUUAAAACACACUUAAAGCAUGCUUUGAAGUUUAUAGAAGGGAUUGUUUCAGAAAUUGUCAAAAAAUACCUAAAUUUACAAUGUAGGGGAUCAAUAGUUCAUUCUUGGCUGUGAUGGGCCCAUGGACCCUGCUAUUGUGAUUAUAUAGCCGAACAUUCCCCUUGAGUAUGAAAACUAUU